AGUGCAGACAUCCAGAAGCUAAAGAAACAGAACUGUGAGAGCAGACAGACAGCAGGCCACGGCCCCCCCCCAAACACACACACACAUCACCACGGCCUUGAUGGUGAUGUAUGCAAGGAAACCAGCAAGAGUCAGCGAUGGGUGCAACGACAGAAGGGAUUCACAGUCCUAUCAGACCCAUAAGUCUCAGCCAAAGAGCCAGUCCAGCACCCUGCACCGCUAUGACAAGCUGCGUGAUGGCUCAUCAGAUCCCACGCCUCCUUACAAGAUGCUGCGACGCUCAGAUGAAAGCCCUGUCAGCAGGCAUGGAGACAGCACUGGACAUAGCAAGCCUAAAGCCUCUCACGCAGUUAGAGGGAAAAAUGGGACCAGUGGAUCUCCUCAGGAGAACUCUCACAACAGCUCCCAUCACGGUUCUGACUCGCAUGCAACUCAGAGCAAGCCUGCAGACAGGGACCCAGCAGAUGACUGGACAGAACACAUCAGCUCCUCUGGGAAGAAGUAUUACUACAACUGUAGAACUGAGGUCUCCCAGUGGGAGAAGCCCAAGGACCUGUUGGAGAGGGAACAACGGCAGAAAGACUCAGUCAAGAUGGCGGCAAACAGUUUCCCUAGAGACAUGGACUACAGACAAGAGGCCUUGCAGGACAAAGCCACAACAAAGGUUUCGUCGGGGGACCAGUCCGCAGCCUCCAACUCUGGCCAUUCCUCUUCUUCCUCCUCCUCCCAGAGCCUCAGCUUAGUCUCCGGUGCUAUAGGCUCCACCACCUCAACCAUGUCCUCCUCCACUUCCACUUCUUCAGGGCAGGUGCCCCAAACAGUCCAGUCCCCAUCGCCAGCACUGCUGCAGGACCCGGCCCUCCUGCACCAGCUCCUUCCAGCUCUGCAAGCAACUCUGCAGAUGAACAAUGGCAGCAUGGACAUGGCGAAGCUCAAUGAAGUGUUGGCAGCUGCUGUCACCCAAGCUUCCUUGCGGUCGGUGCUUCAUAAGCUCCUCACUGCUGGACCUGCUUUCAACGUCACUGCUCUGCUCUCUGCUGCUCAGCACUCCAAUCAAGCUCAGCACUCCAGCCAGUCUCCUGUUUCUCUGACAUCAGAUGCAUCUUCACCACGGCCGUACGUCUCGCCACGGAAUGGCACGCCACAGAGCAGCCAGAAGUCCCUUCUGAACAUGCACCCCAGUAGCAUCGCACCCUCACAAACAAGGGGCACUAUUCCUACAGCUAAGCAGGGAUCUGUUCCUCCACCUCAGAGUGCUGAAAAGCGUCCAGAAGACCCUAGAACUCUCCAGCAGAGAAGCCAGGAGAAUGUGUGUGCAGGAUCAAAUAUUCCUGGUGCUGCGUUGCCCCACAUUCCUUCCAGCAGCACCAACCAAACCCAAGCUGAAGCUACCAGCUCCUUCACUCCCACACUAGCAACUCAUUUUGAUGAGAAUCUUAUCCGACAUAUCCAAGGAUGGCCUUCAGAGAACACUGAGAAACAGGCGGCUCGCUUACGUGAGGACAUCCACAACAUGGGCAGUUUGUACAUGUCUGAAAUCUGCACAGAGAUGAAAAACCUCCGCUCCCUGGUCAGAGUGUGUGAAAUCCAAGCCACUCUGAGGGAACAGAGAAUCCUGUUUCUGAGGCAGCAGAGCAAAGAGCUGGACAAGCUGAAGAACCAGAACUCGUACAUGGUGUGAGGACCUGAGUAAAAGGACUUGGAUGGAUUAACAGAAUGAGGGAUAGACAUGGACAGCAAGCUGCUUACAGCUUGUUUAUUCUCUCUGUAAGAGCAACUGAGAAAACUGUUCUAACAGCUGACAAGGAAGAAGCUCCAUUAUCCUGAACAAGUCUUUUUCUUUUGUUUAUUUUCCUUUCUUUUGCUUUAAAAAUUAGUUUUUGCAGUGUCAUCACAUAAAUUGCUUAAUGCUGAAAGGUGAAACCUCGCUGAGGUGGACACUAACGAAGUGAACAUAAAGGACCUGAGGCUCUUUUCAAACAGCACCUUCUUGGACUGUGAACCUUGGAUUGUGUGUAUUGUAUUGGGUUAACUUGUUUUCCGGUGUGUUUUGAUGUGUUGUGUUCAGGAAACGAUUAUUUGAAAAGCGAACUAAAACAAACCAUCUCAUAGUAAUCGGUGUGUCAGCGGGGGAGCCAACAAGCUUGUUUGCUCUCCGGACUUCAGAAAUGAACUCUGUCAUGUGCGGAUUCAAUGGCAGUGAUGUUACUAAUGUUCUUCUUUUGUUCACUAUACUCGUCAGUGGUUUUGCCAUCGCGGCACAUCUUUGAGCUGGUUCGUUUACAUGUUAUGAGAUUAGCGAAAACUCUUAGGCCAGACUUUUACUUGCAGUAAAUGUGCUUCAGCUAUUUUACUUUGUUGACCCGAUAAUGGGGAAACCUGAGUUGGCUAGUUAUUUUUAAACACACCAGAUGUUUCAAAGUCAUUCUGAAAAGCCCUACAUUAUUGGACCUAGGUUGGCUGCUAGUUCAUAGAGGUUUCAUUCAUUUAUAGCCCGCUGGCCAGUUUCUGACCCCUUCUGCUUCUUUUGUGUAAGUGUCUGCAUUUUGUUUCUCUUAAAAACCAACUGACAAAUAUUUCAUUCCAGUUGUGCAGCUUUGCAAGAGAUGGUGUAAAAGAAUAGAGUGGCUGGGUUUAGAGGCAUGUAAAGCUAAAUUAUUGUUGCACAUGAUUGGUUACGUCCUUGUAGUCCUUUUGGAAAAAUGUCGAAUGACAGACGCUUUUUUGUUCCCCUGUGUUUCUUUGCAUCAUUUUCUUUAGCUCUUAUUGGUUGACCGGCUGCACUUGGCUGUUUUUAAUCACGCCGAGGAGGGCAUCAGUCUUUUUUUUUUUUUUUUUUUUUUUUUUUAGUUUUAUUUUUUUUAGGAGCAUCACAUUUAAACUGCAGCUGUACACUUGUACACCCACCCGUAUCUCAGCAGUUCUUUUCUUUAUCUUUGAAUAGUUUCCACUAAAUCUAAUGUGCACACUUUUGGGGGUCGGGGUGGGCUUUGUAUUCCGUAAAAUAUGAAAAUAAAAUAUUAUACCACA